AGUUUUUAUUACACAAUAAUAAUGAAAUCAAAAAGUGAUUUCAGUUUUUGUUUUGUUUUUUUUUAAAUUAAUGUUUUUAACUAUCAAUUGAUUGAUUGAUUGACUGAUCACUACUGAAGAUGACCUCAUCGUCGGCGACGACGACGGCGGCGGCGGUGGACAUGAAAGACAUCAAUGAUCUCAAUCUGGACUCGUUUUUAUCGCCGUACGUCCGCCGAGUGGUCAAUCGGUUUGUGUCCACUAUUCCCGUGAUUGACGAUGUCGUCGACGAUUUGUGUCUGAAUUGGCGCCGAGUUGUGGAUCUGAUGCCCACCGUUGCCGAAGACAUUGACUUCGAGUCCGAUAAUGUUGUCGUCGUCGACAACGAGGAAGAACUGAUCAGACGAAUAGCUGGCGACAGCUUUUGUCAGUUGAUUGUUUCGGUUGAUGCCGUCUAUCGGCGUCUGAUAGCCGAAAAUUAUGAUCACUUUUGCCGCGUGUUGGCCGACCGCUUGUGUUGGACGCAACACCUAAGCCGUACGCUUAUGGAAUCGGUUGCGCUGUUGAGCGGACACAAUGACAACGACGGCGACGACGACGGCGAAGACAAAAACAAUAGUAGUUCCGGCGUUCAGACCAUUCUAGCCGUUCAAUUGAUAACCAGUUGUUGCGAACAAUCGUUAGGCAAUCUAGUGUUAGCCAGUGGUCAACAAUCGUUUGUACCGCCGCUACUCAAAGAUCUACUAAAACUAGACAUCUUGAAGACUAUUGUCGGCUCGGAUACGGUCCGAUUGUUUCAGUUGAUAAUGGGUUCGCCGAUUACAGUGAACAUCCGUAACAUCUUAUGGCACGGAUUUGUCCGGCCCGACGGCGAUAUUGAUGGCCGAUUUGGAUAUAUAUUGCUAGCGAUUUGCGCCACAAUUGGUCGCGAUUUGGACGACAAGUACCGCAACUGUUGUUCACCGCAGCGACCGCUUCACGACGUCACCGGACAACUACAACGCUGGAAACGAUCACUGUUUCCGAUACUGACUGCCGACGACAUUUCGGUAAUCUGGAGCAAAGUGUUCAUCAAAUCGCCUUUUAUAUUGACGGAAAUGUUACCGCUUUGGAAGUAUUCAUUGACACUGUAUAAAGAUGGUCGCUAUGGCCACAGUUUGGCCGUAAUGUUUCCGCAACUCGAAGCCUGUCUUCGCUAUAUCUAUUGUUGUUGCAAUCGGAUCCCAUCGAAACUGAUGACAGCAGUGGCCAAACAAUACUAUCUGACAUUUGCCGAAAUUUUGUCGCCAACACUUGAUGACGACUAUUCGUCUACCGACGGAAACGGUGCUAACGUUAACAAAAUAUAUACAAUUUUUGGCCAUAAUUUUAUCGAAAUGCUUGUCGACAUUAUCGUAAUACCGGACGGGCCGCGCAUACGAGAUAAACUAAGUCACGGCCAGUGCGACCUAUAUCUAGUCCAGCAGUUUGUGGCCAAUCAUGUGAUUUGUGCGGCAAUUUGUGCACUGGUUUUGGCCGAUAGCCGACUGUUUAACAAUAGGUUACAACAUCAAGAUUACGAUAUAAUUGAUAAGUUAUUAUCAAUUGCCGCAAACUAUCGCUGUAUUUAUCAUCCAUUGUCACAAUUGAGGCAAAAAAUGUGUGAUUUUGCCGAAAAUCUAAUCAAAUUUCGGGAAUUAGUUACCGAUUGUACGGAAAAUCAUAUCGAAAAUAUUCUGGUCAUAACUGUACCCGAAAUUGAUAUUUUAUACGAUGGACUACUAACUAAUAUUAUGAUAACUAACGAAACAAAUAGUGAUAAUAAUGAUAAAAAAUUUGUGCCAAAUAUUAUCUGUGAUAAACUAAAUGAAUUUAAUUUAAAUAUAUUUAAUAAUAAUAAAAAUAACGAAUCGAUGACUAUAGCAAUGCGGCAAAUAGUCGACAAUUGUUGCCAAUCGGUGGCCAAUAUGACCAGGUUUUUGGUCAAUCGGCGCAAACAGUUUCUGGCAAUGAGUCUGCGAUCGCGUCAACGGACUAACUAUCAGCUAAUGUUGACCUCCGGUCAACUAUUUUAUCAGACAUUUACGAUAGUAUUGGCGACACUUUAUCUAAUAUUUAUAUCGGAUUCAGUCAACAAUUAUUGUCGUUAUAUUCAGAUAUCAUCAAAAACAUUGAAAUAUUUAUUAAGUUUAUCGGAAAAUAUAAACUCAAACAGCGGUUCAACAGUCAAUAAAUGGGAUAAAUGUUUGCAAUUAUCGCAAACUAUUGGCAAAGUUUUAAAUGAUUUAUGAAAAGUUAUUUAUUUGAAAAGUGAUUGAUUGACAAUAUAAUUGUUUU